AAGAAAAGACAGACGUUGGAACGUAAAACUCUAUUGUGAAAGUUCUGACGGGAAGUACAUCUGAUCUGUUUUCUUUCCUGUUUUAUUUUCGAUUUGCAGAUAUUUUGGCCGAUUUGGAGUUUCAACAACUUCCUCGCACGUCGGCAGAGGCAGAAUGACGGACGCUCAAUUGAUCAACGGCUACGACAGCGACUUCCAGUUCAACUUGACGCCGCACGAAUACAUUCCUCCCGUGGAUGUGAAGAGCGAAGCCUACAUACCCGAGACAGCACACGGCCCUUACGUCCAAAUCAUCGAGGAGCCCAAACAGCGUGGCUUUCGCUUUCGUUACGAGUGCGAGGGUCCGUCGCACGGGGGCCUGCCGGGUGCCUCCAGCGAGAAGAACAGAAGGACGUACCCCACCGUCAAGAUCAACAACUAUGUGGGUCACGCGCGGGUGGAGGUCCAGUUGGUGACCCACAUGGACCCGCCGCGAGUGCACGCUCACAGCCUGGUGGGACGCCACUGCAACGAGAACGGGACAUGCACCCUGGACGUGGGACCCAACGACCUGACCGCCUCUUUCAGCAAUCUGGGCAUCCUCCACGUGACCAAGAAAGGCGUGGUGGAGGUUCUGACGCGUCGUCUGCGAGACGAGUGGCGUCGCCGUCGGGGAGGCUCGGCCCACCUGACGGCGGCGGAGGAGAGCGCCCUGAGCAAGGAGGCCAAGGAGCUGUCAAAGAUGGUGGACCUCAACAUCGUCAGGCUCAAGUUCACCGCCUUCCUCAAAGACAGCAACGGAGGGUUCACGCGAGCGCUCAAGGCCGUCGUGUCCAACCCCAUCUAUGACAGCAAAUCUCCCAACGCGUCCAACCUGAAGAUCUCCCGCAUUGACAAGACGUGCGGAUCCGUGCUCGGAGGAGACGAGAUCUUCCUCCUCUGUGACAAAGUCCAAAAAGACGACAUCGAGAUCCGCUUCUACGAGGACGAGGACGGCGGCUGGGAGGCGUUUGGCGACUUUGCGCCCACGGACGUCCACAAGCAGUACGCCAUCGUGUUCAAGACGCCGCCGUACCACACGGCCGAGCUCGAGCGGCCCGUCACCGUCUUCUUGCAACUCAAGAGGAAAAAGGCGGGAGACUGCAGCGACCCCAAACACUUCACGUACAUACCGCACGUUCAAGACAAAGAGGAGGUGCUGAAGAAGAAACAGAAGCCCCUCCCCCACUACGAGCCCUGGCGAGGAGGCGGUGAACGAGGCGGAGGAGCCGGUGGCGGCUUUGGAGGGGGAGGUGCCACGGGUGAUGGUUUUCACUUCAGCCAGCACAUGAACGGUGCGGUGGGCGGAGCAGGAGGGGGCGGAGUUUUCUACUCGGGAAACGUCGGCCGCUUUGGAGGAGGAGGGGGAGCGCACAUGGUGGGCUCCGCCCCCCAACAGAGGCAACUGUCAAUCAUCGCUGCCGCUUUCCAGGCCGGAGCGUCCGGCGCCAGUCGUCAGGCGCGCGCCGCCCUCCUGCGCUACUGCGCAAGCGGCGACGCUCGCUUCCUUCUGCGCCUUCACGGACGCCUUUGCGCCAUGCGGGACGCCGGCGGAGACACACCCCUGCACCUGUCAAUCAUCCACCAGCAGAUGGCCGUCACCUGCGAGUUGAUUGACACCUUGCAAAGCAGCGGGCGGGGUCAUGUACUCGACGUCGCCAACCAUCUGCAGCAGACGGCACUCCACUUGGCAGUGCUGAUGCGUCAGCCGUGCGUUGUGGAGGCCCUGAUGAGGGCGGGGGCCGACCCCGGCCUGCGGGACCGAGACGGCCGCUGCCCGCUGCACCUGGCGGCGCUGGGCGGCGACGUGGCCACGCUACGCGCCGCGCUAGCCAACCUGGGGGAAAGACACGCCCACCUCUUGACCGCGGCCGAUUACCACGGUUUGGCGCCGCUUCACCUGGCGGUGCGUCGCGACGGUCACCGUUGCCUGCGGCUGCUGGUGGAGAGCGGCGCCAAGGUCAACGCACCCGAGCUGAAAGGCGGACACACGGCUCUGCACAUGGCCAUCGAUCAAAACCUCCUCAAGGUCGCCUGCACGCUAGUCACGGAGUUGAAGGCGGACGUGAACGCACGCACUUUUGGAGGAAACACGCCUCUUCACCUGGCGGCCGCCGCCCACGCGCACACGCUGUGCUCCGUUCUGCUGGCUGCCGGUGCCGACAAAGACGCGGAGAACGACGAGCCGCUCGUCUUGAGCUCCUCUGAUGACGACGAAGAGCGUGAGGAAGAGGAGGCGGGGGCCAAAGUAUCCUCGCGGCCAAUGGGCUGCCGGAAGAGACGAGUGGGCGGUCACACGGCGCUGGAUCUGGCCAAAUGUCACAAGGUCAGGAAGCUGCUGACGUCCGCGUGCGCUCGUCACGUCCCCGACAAGAUCAAAGACAAAGCGGAUGGGGAGCGUUGGCACGUGGACGCGUGCACGCUGCGCGAGCUGGUGGACGCGCUGAGCGACGCCGGCGUUCCGUGGAACAAGCUGGCCGACAAGCUGGGAAUGAUGACGCUGGCUCACCUCUACCAGGAUAGCCCCGCCCCCUGCCACAGCCUCCUGCAACACUACCAGCUCGGCGGCGGUCCCGUGGAAGAUGUGCUGGAGGCCUUGGAGUCGCUGGGGGUCCACGAGGGCGUCCGCCUGCUGCGCCGCCACCAUCGCCCUGACGCGCACGCGCCCCCUCCAGACAAACUCAGACAAGAAUCGACAGUGGACAGCGGCUUCAGCAGUCAGCCGAUAGAAGACGAGCGGCCGCCUGCGGCCAAUCACUGAGCAGCAUCAAGGUGACAUGGCUGUGAUGUCACUCACUCA